UAUUCAUUUGUUGCAAUUACAAAAUAAUUUUUUUUCACCUCUACUUAUUAAUUAUUCGAGAUAUUUGUGUGAAAUCAUACAUAUAUACUAUCCUAAGUUAUCUCUUAUCUGUAUCCUCUUCCAAAUGGUCUCCCCUCUCUUUUUAAGUAAACUUCUUAAGGUAGAUUCAGUGCUUUUGUGUAUACUUUCUAGUUAGAGUUAAUUCUCAGAGUAACGUUGAUGUCGAACAGAGCGUAUGCGCUCUGUAUAGAAUUUUAAUUUAAAGUUCAAAAAGCAAAAUUUAAGAAAAUAGUGAAAAUGAGUAUUCCGGGAAAAUUGGUGAAAAAUGGUGUUUAUGAAUUUGCUUAUAUGCGGCCAAAAGAUACAAGAACAAAGUGGCAAAUAUUCAGGGAUGGAAUUUAUAAUAACAAAAAGAAAACAAUUUUUGGACACACUAAGCAUGAGUGGAUGAGGACCGCUCUUUUUUACUUAGUUUUUUUUAGUAUAUUAGCAGCAUUUUUUGCUAUCUGUAUGAAAGGCUUAUUAGCGACUUUGAGAGAAGAUAAACCGAGAUGGAUUCUCGACAGCAGUAUUAUUGGAACUUCUCCUGGUCUAGGACUUCGCCCUUUAACAACAGAUAUAAGUGACGAAAUGAUAAUAUCUUAUAAUACAAAAAAUAGUACUGAUAUUAACAUUUGGAUUCAAAGGUUGAAUUUAUUUCUAAGCGAUUACCAUAACUCAUCGUUACUGUUAAAUGAUGGACGAAAUCAACAAAUCUGCAACUAUGAUUCUCUUCCACAACCCAGCAAAGUGUGUAUGUUUGAUGUGGAUAACUUAGGUCCGUGUUCAUAUGGAAAAGGAUACGGAUUCGCGUCUAGUAAGCCAUGUGUGUUUCUCAAGUUAAAUAAGAUAUUUGGCUGGAUACCAAAGUACCACAAUGAUCCAGAGAAACUGCCGAGUAAUAUGCCACAACAACUCAAAAAACAUAUUCAAAAUACUGACUCAACCCAGAUUAAAAAUAUAUGGCUAUCUUGUGAACCACUCAAUCAAAUGGUGAAUAACACUUUUAAUGAAAUUAUAGACUACUACCCAAAAAUACAGGGAUUUCCUGGGUAUUUCUACCCAUACGAAAAUCAACCUGGAUAUCUUAGUCCUCUGAUUGCUGUGCAGUUUACAAAUUUCAGAAAAAAUACAGUUGUUGAAAUCGAAUGUCGAACUUGGGCGAAAAACAUAAGGGAUGGAGACGACGCAGACUCAAAAGCGUAUAGAGUACGCUUCUCAUUGAAGAUGAUCGUUUAGUUUAUUUAUUUUCUCCUACUAUUAAAAAAUGUACUUAUAUGUAUAUAAAUAAUUAAUUGUCAAUUGUUAUCAAAUUAUCAAAUUCUAUUAAAUUAGUUACCAUAAAGCGCCGGAUAAUUCAGAAUAUCCGGUUUGCUGAAAGGAUUAAUGUGAUAUUUACAGAGAGAAACUAUAUUUAUUUAUGGUAAAAAAUAAUCUGAGGGGAAGCAUCACUGAAAUGUAGCUGUAAAUCCUCUUGUACCUGAAUUUGUUAUCAAUUAGUUUGCCUAAUUGACAUUGACGACUUACUAUAAUACUAUUAAUUCUCAGGAAGAUUUCUGAAUAAAUAAAUUUAUUGUAAAAAAAAAGUUUGCAACAUUUUAACAAUCAACUUUGAUGUCCUCUUCAUGUGCUUACAUUUAAAUAAUAAUAAUAAUCUUAAUUUUAAAAUGAACAAGCAUUUAGUUAAAAGACAUGCGUUGAAAAACAUGGAUUUAUUGGAUUAAUCAACUUUCAUCAACUUUGACAAUUACAGAAAUUUGUUAAUUAUAAGUAUACAAAUCUCUACAUAAUUUAAGAAUUUUGCAAACUUCAGCGUCUUGACUCACUCUUGUAAAACUAAUCGUAGAAAAAGUAUCUUCCUGGAUAGUUUUAACGAAUCUGUGUGCGAAGAAAGUUUGCACAGAACGUGUCAAUAUUUUGUCGCCAUUCACUUCAUUUAAAAUGACAAGUAAAAAUUAACACGAAGUUAUUGAAGUAAACUCUAUUAUUAAUUUGUGUAUAAACUUCACAUAUAUUUUCACUUGUCAAUUCUUCUGCAAAUUAAUGUUGAAACGCUUCUGGAUAGAUUUUUAUAGUGUCCUGAAGCAUAAGAUUUUUUUCCGAUUGUUUUACUAGUGUAAUUAUCUUAAUUUCUGUUACAAUUUAUACGUACAAAGUCAAUAAUUAUUGUCAAUUCACUUGUUCAGUUAUUUCAACUAGUUAUAAGAAAAUUUAUAACAUCAACUGUGUAAAGAAAUAAGAAAUUUACUGAAUGUCUUUAUGUUUAAAGUAUUAUUAUUUUAUUCUGAAAAAUAAAACAAGAAUAAAACCGAGGGGGAAUUUACUCAGGUAGUCAAGUGUACACUCUUCCCGUAAUACUUGUGUAAUAACGUGUAAUACCGCGUUAUUACGGUGCUGUAAUAACGCAAAAAAAUCUGUAAUAUCUCUGUAAUAAUGUGUAAAACUCUGUAAUAACGUGUAAUAACUUAGUAAUAAGGGUAAUAUGAGGUGUAAUACCGGUAGUCAAGUGUACACGUUUUUAACUAGUAAAUUCCCCCGCGAAUACAACCAACUUGUAUCAGUUAUAAUUAUAAAAUUUUGUCAAAAUACUACUAUGCUACUGGUAAUGCGACUGUUUCAUUGUUGAAAAUUUACGUCCCCAGCGCUGGCCUCAUGAGGUACUAAUGUCUCCUUAGUACAUAUAUUAAAGUGGGUCAUUAUUUCAGAAGUGGCAUAGGCAAAAAAAGUACUAUAGGACUGACUAUAUACUUUAGGAAUUAAAAACUAGUUAGCAUACAAAUUAAUACACAACAAUCGAAUACAACGCAACUACGCUCACGUGAAGUUAACACUCUUUUUAUAAAAUAUCAAAUUGUAUUCGAUAUUCCUUAAACCUACAGCAUAGUUCUACAGUUCUGUAUAAAUACUUUAAAUAGUUCUGUCAAUUAAAUCUAAAAAAAAUGAAAAGUCAAAAUUAAGGUACUAAGUUUACGCAACAUCAUUUUUACGACCAAAAAUAGGUCUGAUACGAUAAAUUGCUUCCAUAGUAAUAUUUUUAUAGUUUCCUAACAAAUUUAAUAAUAGUUCUACAAAUUUUAAAAAAUUUUUAAAAAAUUUAUAUUUUCAAAAUCAAAGUAUUGUAGUAACGCUUGGAUGAAAGGAUUCAAGAAAAGAAAUUAUUUAACUUUUUUCUAAAAUAAAUGGCAAUUUUAUAAUUGUAAAUCACUUUCAGCUUGCCCUAAGACUAACGACGUGGGCAUAGUGUUAAUAAAAAUUAAAAAUAUUA